GACCGUUCAUUUGUGUAGAAGUCCAGCUUGUAAUAUGUGAAGGGCCAAAAUGUCUCGGCCGUUAUUUGUACUGUCUUGAAGAGUACCGGUGAACUAUCGUGUAUCGGCUACAAGUGUUUAAAGUGGCUUGUGUGGAGGGUUCACUUACGGUGGGCUCUUUGAAGGAGCAGGCAGGGGAGAGGAGGAUGGUCUCUCUCACUGUGGUUUGAGCAGUGAAUGUUGGAUGCGAGGUAUAAUGAACUGCCACCUUGGUUUUUCCGUCCACUUGAACUGACAGAACGGCUCUACUUACAAGUCCAUGCAGCCUGAAAUUUUCUCACCUCCGGCUGAGCUUCCAGCAUGUCUCGUGUCUCCUCCACGGCUAAGCGCUAUACUGGCUCCUCUUAUACCAGUCACUACAGCUCAUAUGGCUCCUCCCUGACCCCAUCUCUGGGCUCCUAUGAGCGGGAUAAGCUGCCCUACAAGAGUUCCUCUUCCGGCUUCUCCUCCUCCAGCUACCUGAGCUCCAGCGCCAGCCGAGCCCGCAACUACAGCUCAUCUUUUGAGCCGGACCGGGGUCGGCCCAUCCCUCGCACUGAUUUGCUUGCCAGCCGGCGCAGCGAGAGCCUGAGCCGCACACCGGUAAAGGGCUAUGCCUCGGGCCUCAAUGGUGGCUCAGGAUACAGCAGCUACAGCUACUCUACAGCCCCCACCAGCUACCUCUCCUCCUCAACUGUGUCCUCCAACAUCUCUCUCAGUCGGCGGAAAUCGGUGAGUCAAAGUGACCUGACGCAUGACUUGUCAGCUUUGGGCCUGAGCGAGACCUCCAGCAGCAGCAGCCUGAAGCAGUCCUACCGGAGCCGAGGCAGUGACGCAUCUGAAUCCUACAGCAGCACACGCUUCAGCAAUGGCCUCUCAAGGAGCUCCAUGCAGGAAGGUCUCGGGAGCAGCAGCAGUGGCCUGAAGAGCACCAGCAGCAGCCGGUUCUCCACAAGUUAUCGCUCCACAUCACCAGUCAGAGAGUCUUUGAACUCAAAGAGUGUCCAGGGCUUGGUGGGGCUUCGUAAUCUGGGAAAUACAUGUUUUAUGAACUCCAUCCUCCAGUGUCUUAGCAACACACAAAGCCUGCGAGACUAUUGUCUUCACAACUCCCACCGCCGAGACCUCAAUAACAACAGCCGCACAAACACUGCUCUCAUGGAGGAAUUUGCCAAGCUUAUCCAGAAUAUGUGGACUUCUUCAAGCAGUGAAGCAGUCAGUCCCUCUGAGUUCAAAACACAGAUUCAAAGAUACGCCCCCAGAUUUGUGGGUUACAAUCAACAAGAUGCUCAGGAGUUUCUACGUUUCCUACUAGAUGGCCUACACAAUGAAGUGAACAGGGUCACAAUUCGGCCACGGGGAAAUAUGGAGGACUUUGACCACUUGCGUGAUGAGGAGAAAGGGAAAAAGAUGUGGGCUAAGUAUUUAGAGAGAGAAGACAGCAAAAUUGUUGACUUGUUUGUUGGCCAACUGAAGAGCUCUUUGACUUGUAGUGAAUGUGGCUAUUGUUCCACUGUGUUUGAUCCCUUCUGGGAUCUUUCCUUACCUAUCGCCAAGAAGGGCUAUGGAGAGGUGAGCCUAAUGGACUGCAUGCGGCUCUUUACUAAAGAAGACGUGCUGGAUGGAGACGAGAAGCCGACAUGUUACAGGUGCAAAGCCAGAAGGCGGUGUAUGAAGAAAUUUACAGUUCAGAAGUUCCCUAAAAUAUUAGUUCUUCAUCUGAAGCGCUUCUCAGAAGCUCGUGUAAUAACCAGCAAGCUGUCUACUUUUGUCAACUUUCCCAUGAAAGACCUGGAUCUCAGGGAGUUUGCCUCUGACAAAAGCAGAAGUGCAGUCUAUAACUUGUAUGCAGUGUCCAAUCACUCAGGCACUACCAUGGGAGGCCACUACACAGCAUACUGUUGCAAUCCUGAAAACGGAGAAUGGUACACAUAUAACGACUCAAGAGUCACGCCAAUGUCUGCCAGCCAAGUCCGCAGUAGCGACGCCUACGUGUUGUUCUACGAGCGAGCUGGACUCUGAGGAUGAACUGUGGAAAGAGAUAAAGUGCAGGAUAUGAGCCCCUUGGGCUAAAGACACAUUAUUAACAAAAGCUGCUUCCCCUAGCCCAUAGAGCAAUGCAGAAUGAGACAAAGAAUAUUGCUCUCUGCUGGACACCAAGGAGAAGUGCACACUUUGCCCUGUCACACUCCACCACUGUGUUAAAGUGAGGUGAAGGAUGUCUGCAAUAACCUCAUGCCUCUGUGUGUGUGUGUGUGUGUGUGUGAGUGAGUUUAAGGGCAGCACAUGGGCAGUCGUCAUCAUUAGGCAAUAACCCCAAGUGGCUCCAACUCAGAAAUCUCUAUGCACUGCAACAGAACUCACCCCAACUGCGCCUUCCUCUUGUUCAUGAACAUCUCAAUAUUAAAACCUUGUUUCACUUGAUUUUUGUUUGGGAUUUUCUUCAUAAUUUUUAAGUAUUUGCUCUCCCUGAUGUCCUGGGAGAUAAGCUGGUUUGAGGGGCUCCCUAUCGGGUUGCUGAAGAAUUACAGAAGUGCACUGUUCAAGCUGCAUAACACAGACCUGUUUGUGCUCUUUUGCCACACUUCGUUUUUUAUUACUACUUUCUUCUUUGGUUCCAUUCACUCCCCUGCCCCACCCAUCAUCUUUUCUGUUUAUGCUUAGUUCUCAGCUCUCUUAUUCUUCUCAACCUCCUGAGGGCAGUCGAAGUCUGCGGUGUUGAGAGAACAGCGUAUGGCUGUGGCAUUACUAUUAUUCAGUGUGGCUGCUACUGAUCUUGAAAUGCUGUGAACGGAAAAGGAUGGAGAAGAAAUAAUCUUGACAGUAUGGAUUGGUUUAUCCUUGAUUUCAUG